AUGUACAUUUUAGCUACUACCGAUUAUUUCUCGAAAUGGGCUGAAGCCGUGCCGCUAAAAGAGUUAAAAAAGAAAAAUGUUGUUGAUUUUAUCAAGUCGAACAUCAUCUUUAGGUGUGGCAUACCAAGAUGUAUAGUUAUUGAUAAUGGAACUCCCUUCAAUAAUAAGCUCAUGAGUACUUUAUGCAAGAAGUUUAAUUUUAAGCAGCAUAAGUCUUCAUUGUACAAUGCGCCUGCCAAUGGUCUUGCCGAAGCUUUUAAUAAAACACUUGGUAACCUCUUGAAGAAAGUGGUUGCAAAAAAUAAAAGAACUGGUAUGAGAGGAUCGGUGAAGCUUUGUGGGCAUAUCGUACGACCUGUAGAACUGCUACCCAAGCGACUCCAGUUAGAGGCAUUGGACGAGAAGAGAUUAGAAGCACAACAAAAGUUGGAGUGUUAUCAAGCUCGACUUGCUAGAUCUUUCAACAAAAGAGUGCGCCCACAAUUAUUUCAAGUAGGAAAAUUGGUCUUAGCAGUUUGA